GACUGACCGAGAUCGCUGGGCCUAGCAGUGAGUCUUUUUCACUGCUAGGGCUUAGCUUCGUAGAAGACAGCGAUUAACCACCUCACCAUCAGUCCGAUACUCUAUGAUCUCAUCCUGAUAAGAGUCUAUAACUCUCCUGACUUGGCAGGGUCUAGACGGAGUUGAGUCUACGAUAAGCUUGCAUAGUGUUUAUCAAGUCUGAAUAAAAGGCUCGACCUACCUCAAUCUUCUAUCAAACUAUCAUGCCAAUUCUCCAAUUGUUUACUACCACUCCACCUUACAUCAAUACAUCAUGAGCAACCCACUCGUGGUUAGCAUCUCCAACCUGGCGGCCUACACGCCCCAAGAAACAAUCGAGCUUGUUUCCCGCUCUGGCGUAAAGAGAGGCAACAUGCGUCCCGAUAAGAUCUUCCUCUCCGCCGUCUCCGCGGGAUGUCUCCUUGGCUUUGGCUGUGGCGUCUCGCUCUGUGCCAUGACAGCUCCCUGGUACACUGAGAAUGCGCCAGGUCUGGUGAAGCUCUUUGGCGCUGGUGUUUUCCCUCUGGGUUUAGUGCUUGUUGUGCUUACGGGCGCGGACCUGUUCACUGCAACUACCAUGUUUACCUUGACUGCUGUUCUGCAAGGUCGGCUCCCGAUUCGGAAGAUGCUGCUGCAUUGGAUCCUUUGCUUUUUCGGCAAUCUUGCAGGAUCGCUAUUUGUCAUGUCUAUCAUUAUGGGAUACGGCGGUGUCUUUGACGCAUCACCCUAUAAAGAAGUCGUCAUGUCUUUCGCCAGCAAGAAACAAAUAUCACCUCAAUUUCAUCAAAUCUUCCUCAAAGCCAUUGGGUGCAACUGGCUCGUAUGCCUCGCCGUCUUCCUCGGUAUCCAAGCCAAGGAUCUCGCCUCCAAGGUCAUCGGCAUGUGGUGGCCCAUCUUCGCCUUCGUCGUCCUUGGCCUCGAGCACGUUGUCGCCAACAUGUUUUACAUGUCACUCGCCAUCUGGCUCAAGACACCCGAUCUUACCGUCGGGCUGUACAUCUGGAAGGGUAUGAUCCCAGCUACAAUCGGCAACAUCAUUGGCGGCGGCAUGUUUGUCGGCGUAUACUAUUGGUACAUGUACUUGUUUGACGAGGACCCUGUCAAGGUUGAUGGUGUUGAGUACCAGGGUCCUAAUGUGGACUCUCACAUGCAUAUGCAUUUCCUUGCGACCAGAAAUAAGGGUAAUGCCACCGAUGAGGAGAGUAGGAUUGAAUCAGCGCCCGUUUCAGUACCAGCCAGCGUUCGCGCAAAGCAAGACAUUUGAGGAAUGAUGGAUAUGAAAAUUGUUAUGAUUCUUUAGACCUAGAGUACCGCUAAUUGAUUAGACAUGGGUUUGAACUGUUGACCACAUGUCUUUGCCAUGAGCCUCUUUUCAAGUGAUUAAACCUGAUCGGGAUUCCUAAGUCUUGUCCUGCACGGGGCAGGGAGCUCUAGAGGCGGGAGUGGCGGGCUCAUUAGCUACGGAUAACACAACAGUGCAUUUCUCAUUAUUCCCAGAACUCACUACAGAGCCUUGUACUCUGUACCUAGCAGAAAUGUUCGGUGACCCUUCGUUAUACUGCUUCGCCCGACAAUACCGCAUGGCACAUGUCUCGGUGACAGGUAAAGGAAAUCUGGCGUAGACUUCAGCCAGCGCCUCAAAUCGAGAACGGCCCGAAAGAAAUCAGCAGCUCCUGAAGUAUUCUACGAGGCAAAAUCGAAUGGUUUUACAUCUGAUCAGAACGAGCUGUCGUGUCAUGGCGUGGGUGACAUUGUCAGGGACAGACUUUUGCAUCUCCGCGGGGAGGCCAUGUUUCUCCACAACAGUCGAGGCAUCUCCACGGAGUCACCCCGCCAAGUCCUCCCCUGGCCGAUUUAGAUAUUCUGGAACAAUUACCUAAGGGUUCGGCAUUAACACGGUCGAUGUAAUCCAACGGCUGCUGUAUGCUAUUCCGCCCCUGGUUAUUUACUGCUAAAGUAAAAUAUAGCUGUUUUCGUGUAAAAUGAAGGCUGAUACUUGUAUUGAAGGGGAUAUAGGAGGCAACAGGACUAACAAACACGAUUUACAGAUAUUCAGACCGUGGUGUUAAUUAGAAGUUUAACUGCUCAUUGUAUCAUCUACAGCAAAUGUUUAAAUAUAACAUUCAUAACCACACAACUAUUGUAUAUCACAGGUACAGCCCAAAAACACUUAACG